CCUCUUCCUGCGCCACUCUGCGUGCUGGAUGGAGAUAUACAGUCAAGAGCCGCAGCUCAGUGCUGGAGUUCAACAUUUCACUGGGAGCCCUGCAGAAGCAACACCUGUUUCACGCCAGCCAAGAAGGCAUACAAGCACUCGUACGUUUUCUUCAUUUGCUUGUUGGUCGUCAAUAAUUAUAAGCCAAUGGACAUCUCCUAACCCGCUGAAGAAUUACGGAUAACAUAUUUGGACGUCAAAAGUUUUUUUUUUCUUUUUUCUUUUUUUUUUUCUUUUUAGGGGGGGUGGGAGGGGAGGAUUUAUCUCAGCCUACAACGUGAGAUUUUUUUUUCCCCUUGAAGGAUUCAUGCUGAUGUCUGCAGAGUCUGUUAGAGAGUAAAAACAGCGCAUGCCUUCCUGGAGUCAGGAUCCAUAAAUUCUGACGUAGCCUGUGCAUCUUAAAAAUCCCUAUAAUAACGCCUAGGUAUUUAAGUUGCUAUGGUCAUUCUGAUCUCAAACCAAAUGGAGAAACUACGGAUUUUUUUCCUUAUUACGGUCGGAUGGGAUGAAGACCUUGCUGCCUGCUAAGAGCUGGGAAUCUAUAGAAAUACAUAUAUAUGUUUAUAAAUAUGUCAGUGUGUGAGUAUAAAGUGGUGUUUUCUUAGACUAUCAGUGGUUUGACCUUGAACCUGUGCCAGUGAAAACAGCAUAUUACUUUUAUUUAUGCAUUUAAUGGAUUGAAGAAAAGAACAUUUUCUCUCUGUAACUGCAGUAAGGGAGGGGAGUUGGAUAUACCUCGCCUAAUAUCUCCCGGGUUUGACACCAUCAUUAUUGUUUAUUCUUGUUCUCUAAAAGCAGAAUCUUCUGAUGGCUCCCUUAGGUGAAGUUGGGAACUAUUUCGGUGUGCAGGAUGCAGCAGUACCUUUUGGGAAUGUGCCCGUUUUGCCGGUGGAUAGCCCGGUUUUGUUAAGUGACCACCUGGGUCAGUCCGAAGCAGGGGGGCUGCCCAGGGGGCCUGCAGUCACGGACUUGGAUCAUUUAAAGGGGAUUCUCAGGCGGAGGCAGCUAUACUGCAGGACUGGAUUUCAUUUAGAAAUCUUCCCCAAUGGUACUAUCCAGGGAACCAGGCAAGACCACAGCAGAUUUGGCAUUCUGGAAUUUAUCAGCAUAGCAGUAGGUCUGGUCAGCAUUCGAGGCGUGGACAGUGGACUAUACCUCGGAAUGAAUGAGAAGGGGGAGCUAUAUGGAUCAGAAAAAUUAACCCAAGAGUGUGUAUUCAGAGAGCAGUUUGAAGAAAAUUGGUAUAAUACGUACUCAUCGAAUCUAUACAAACAUGUGGACACUGGAAGACGAUAUUACGUUGCAUUAAAUAAAGAUGGGACUCCAAGAGAAGGGACUAGGACUAAACGGCAUCAAAAAUUUACACAUUUUUUACCUAGACCAGUGGACCCUGAGAAAGUACCUGAACUAUAUAAGGAUAUUUUAAGCCAAAGUUGACAAAGACAAUUCCUUCACUUGAGCCCUUAAAAAGUAACCACUAUAAAGGUUUCAUGCGGUGGGUUCUUAUUGAUUAGCUGUGUCAUCAUAUCAGCUCCACUGUUGCCAAACUUUGUCGCAUGCAUAAUGUAUGAUGGAGGCUUGGAUGGAACAUGCUGAUUUUGUUCUGCACUUAAAGGUUUGUCCUCCUGGAGGAGAGCCUAUGCCCACUUGCUUGAUUUAUUAUGAGAGA